AUGACUACUCGGAGUUACACGCAGAAGGAUUUCCUCCACAGUUACGAGUUCCCGUUGCGCCCCGUGCAGGACUUCACCUUAAACGGUACCCCGGCGUCACACGCGCCUGAACACCCACAGGAAUGGGGCCAAGAAAAGGAUGGGUUUGAUUAUUGGAAGGAUUUUGAACAGCAUUUUGGCAGCAAGUCAUCGCAGAGGUUUGGUGAGACUGCCCACAGGAGUAUUGAUACUGCCCUAAGUCCGGACAACAAGCUGCUCGCUAUCAGCUCAGCUUCUCCCGAGGGGAUCCUGAUAUACGACGUUGUGACAAAGGAACUGCGCCAAACACUUGAGGGCUGCGGUACAUUAGGCUUCUGGCCUCGAGCGGCAAAGCAUAACGUAGAGGCUGGAGGAAGAGCCGCGACUGAUGCUGUUGGAGGAAACCCAGCAUAUAUUCUGAUCAGCAACUUCUCAACAGGCGAGCCACGUCCGCAGCCAUACGCCGGGCUGAUAGUGUGGGAGCUCGACUCCAAUGGACGUUUGUUCGUGGAAGAAGAAUCUAUCAACCCUCCCGCCAUCGCCACGAAAGCAAUCGAAGCUAUCAUGCCUGAGUUGGAAUCAGAGCAUGAAUGGACGCGAGCCUUUGUGAACGCUUCUGCCCUGCAUGCUGAUUUUGUCAAAGCCCUGGAGAAGACCUCCGCCGACCAUCGCAGGAGGAACAAUAGCGUGAUCCAGAAUGCGCAAAUACCCAGUUUUGUCCAGAAUCCAUUCAGCUACGACGGCAAGUUGGUUUUAUAUGUUACCAACAAUCAAACCACGCAACACGGCAUGCGUGACCCAGAUAAUCUCCCACACGUGGUUGUGUAUAACGUCGAUGCAGGUCGGGAAGUUCAUCGCUUCAGAGGACACACGGAUAUGGUGGCAUGGGCUGGCUUCAGCCCUGAUGGUCGAUAUGUUGCAUCUGUGUCCUGGGAUGGUACACUGCGCAUGUACUCGACCGAGACCGGAGAACUAGAAUGGGCAACCGCAGACGCAGUUGGCCAGAGCUGGAGCGGCGCCUUCUCGCCAGACUCGACACACAUUGUGUGGAGCUCCCGUAGCGGAAGAGAGAUCAAGGCUCAUCAAGUCUCCAAUGGGAGGGUAGUGUCUACGUUUCCUGAGACUGUGAAUCACUGGUGCCGCCACUUCUCGUGGCAUCCCACCAACCAGCAGAUUGUUUUGUGCGCCGACAAGACAGUGUAUGUCUGGCAGCCAUUUGGCGGUCCAGGGGGACUCGUGGUGCAGCAUAUGGUGAUAGAUGGCGGCGACUGUUUCCCCCGAAUGGCGUCAAUACAGAACGUAUUCUGGAUGGACGAUGGGAGACUACUGACAAUGAGGAUAUCAGACAGGACAACCUUAGUCUACGACACGCGUACGAACGCGAAGGAGGUCUUCAAAAGACCCAGAGGUGUGGAUGCUGCCGACGUCAGGUCGGGCUUCUAUGAGCUGCCCAAAGAAGAGGGAGGGAAGUCAUCAUAUCUCAGCGUCGAUGGAGACGGGAAGGUAAGGUACUGGGACAGAUGCGUCGCACCGACACCAGAUGUACAGUCCGAAGGAGAAAGUCCGGUUGAAGCAUUGAUAUUGGAGAAUCGCUCUAAGCAGCCCAAGGAAGCCCCAAAGAACGGAAAAUUUGGGGCUGUCAUGCGUAAGAUCAGCGAGCAGAUUAGAGACAUGGACGGGCAAGACCCAGCCACGACGAGCGACCAGGAGAGGGAAGCUUGGGUCCAGAAGGGUACUGGUAUCUGGACUGCUGAAUAGCCGUUUUAAUUUCCUAUUUGGUUAUAGUUGCUGUAACAGAGAAUAAAGAAAUGGACUGUG